AGGUGCAUAAAUGGAAGGUUCCAUUGUUUCUGAAAGGCUAGAAGAUGAAUCAGAGAUGUUGUUUUUGGAGGAAGAGGAAAAUCUACCAGGGCACAUCUGGACACAGGAAGAACAAAUAAAAGAUGAUGAAUUUCCAUAUGGAUACGCAGCAGAAAACCUCCAGGAUGACGAUGUCCUUGAUGUAAUAAAUGACAGUUUUGAUUCUGACUCUGAGUGGUCCAGUGAACAGCACACAGAUCAAUAUGAGAUAGUUAAAGAUUUCAGCUAUCUCGAUAAGGUUCAGAUGUUCCAACUUCGUAAAAAACUGAACCAGCUGGAUAGUUUCCAACAGGAUAAGGAAUUAAUGCUUCAGAAAAUCAGGGAAGAGCUCAGAGCAUGCCAAGAGAGAAUGGAGUCUUUGGAGCAACAGAAAUCUAGUGUGGAAAUGGAGAUUCAGACAGAACAACAGGCUAAUAACAUAGCUGCUGUGUUCCGUCUGCGGGCACUUUACAAGAGACUGGACACUGAGCUGAACAACGAGCAAGAUGUGCAGUCAAAGAUUGUCACUGUGCUGAAAGAUAAUGAGUAUGACCUCUGGCACGUUGAUGUGGAACAGAGGAAAUUUGAGGAUAUCCGUGAGAGGCUUGCACAGGAUGAAGAAGACCUGGAUAGACAGAACAAGGACUUGGCAGACCAGAGGGCGCACAGGGAGAAAAUGUCACUGACUCAGACUAAGCGCAGGAAGCAGGCAGAAAAACAGCAGGAAAUGAACAAGCUGAAAGAACGGGAGCAACAGUAUCGUAAAGUGGUUGCAGACGCGCAGAAGAAUCAUGAAAAAGCCGUUCAGUUUCUGAAGGAAACAAUGACAAGAGUUCGUGAGGAAGAAUCUGAAAAAGAGAAGAAAAGCAGAGAGGACAUGGAGAAAAGGAUGCAGGCUGUCCUGUCCCUGAAGAAGAAUAUAUCUACAAACCGGGAAAACCUGCGUGUCAUUGAGUCUCAGAACAAAGCACAGGCAGCCAUAGCAAAAAAGCAAGAGAUGCUAGAAAAGGAGGAGGUGCUCGCUAAAGGUGGAGAUGUUACAAAGUAUGUUAUCCAACAGAAGCGACUUCAGGAGUUUGAGAGAAAGAAGAAGGAAUUUGAAGAGUCACAAAAAUUAAGAAAGCAAGAAAUUAUUAGUCGGAUUUUACAAGAGGAAGCCAGCCAAGCGAAACAGAAAAAACAGACCUCUUCUACAGAAAUGAGCAAGAGUCAGGAAAGCAUGAAACUCCGAGCCAAAACAUUGCAGUAUAUUCAGUCAACCAUGUUGACAGAGCCUGAUGAGGAGCUGGGUCACCAGCAGACGUGGAGGUCUCCAUCUCCUUUGUCAUCUGAUGAAGAAGAAAACUUCUCAAUUCAGGAGUAUCCUGGUGUAGCACAGGAGAUAGCUCAUGUACUAAAAGAGGAAAGUGAGAGUCUUUCUAAGCCAGAGUUCAUGGGAUUAUGGAAUCAAGACUACAAGCCCUAUAAGGUGCCAAAAGAAGAAGAAACUAAGCCUAUAGGUGGCAGUAAAAUGGAAAAGGACAUUAUGGCAGAGUCUUUGAGGAAGCUUCGGAGUGGAAUAGUUCAAAAGCAAGUGGUUUCAGGCCAUGAAUUUAAGGGCUGCCCAUUUUAUAGUAAACCAAAGGUUAUUCAUUUUAAGGACCUUGAUGUGGGUAAGACGUAUAAGAAAAAAGUCACUUUGACAAACACAUCAAAUACAAUAAAUUUCUGCAAACUGGUGGAAGUGAGUGAUAACCUGAAGGACUUCAUCACUAUUCAAUUUGACCCACCUGGACAAAUGUCUGCUGGAAUGUCAUGUGACAUGGUGGUUACAUUUAAACCAAUGAUUGAUGAAGAUCUCGACGGCGAAGUGAAGUUCCUGGCGCAGACAGGUCCUUUCGCAGUUCCUGUAAAGUGUACCACUAAGAAGUGUGAGCUGGCCCUGGAUAAGGAAUACAUUGACUUCGGCACGUAUGUCAUUGGAGAAAUGGUGACACUGAUGGUGACAUUAACAAACCGAGGAGCUCUCGGGACAAAUUUCCGUGUUAGGCCAUUGACUCAGGCUAACAACAUAAGGAAGACACCUGUAGAGGUCCUCUCUAAGCAAAUGAUAACUCCAGUUUCCCCUGAACACAUCUCUAGAGACACAAAUACUUCUGUUUCCAUGGAUUCCACAAAGCAGGAACAUUUAGAAGCUUUAGAGUGUAACCAAACAGAGCCAGCAAUAGAAGAAACAACCCCUCCAGAUGAGGAAACUGAAAGUUCCAAGCUACAAACAGAAGCAAGCAUAGAAUAUGUCAAUGGGGAAGCUCCUGUUGUUGUGGAAAACACAGACAGUGGAGAUGAACAUCUGUAUGGAGUGACCCAGAAAGAAACUGCAGAUAUCAAGCUGGGUGAGGUAACGGAGGGAGAGAUAGGACCUUUUACUACAGUGAAAAUUCCAAUUAUCUUCACUCCAACCAUACCGGGAAAAGCAAGUGCAUUGUUUGAGAUCAUCUUUGAGAAUCAAAACGGCAAAGCUAUUCCUGUCACAGCCAUUGGAGUGGCAAUUGAUGUUCCUGUGUACGUUCCAAAUUCAAAUGUAGAUUUGAAGAUAUGUACCUUUGAUCGCCUGUACCAGGAUAGUGUUGUUGUUAAAAACAGAGCAACAACCGCCCUUCGUUUGAAAUUUGAAGUGUGCAAAGAACUAAGAAACCACAUGGAGCUUCUUCCAAAGACUGGUUUCAUCCAAGCUCAGUCAUCCUUCAGUGUACAGCUCAAGUUCAUACCAAGACAUUCUCUUUUUGAAGAUGCCAGUGAAUAUUUUGAUAAAGAGACCGGAGUAUUGGAGGUCCCUGUGACAAUAUCAGUGGUUGAUCAGACCCGACCUGUUAUCUUUACUGUUCAUGCUAUUGUGACCACAUCAGACCUGGAAAUCAACCCUACUGAAGUGGAUUUUGGGUACUGUACAAUCUUUGAGUCAGUUCAGACAUCUAUUCAAUUAACAAACAAGUCUAUCCUGUCCCAGGAGUUUGGAUUUGUGGGAAUCCCAGAGUAUGUAGAUAUUCAACCCAACGACGGUUUUGGAACGCUGCUUCCCUUGGAGACAAUGACUCUGGAUAUCAUAUUUAAAGCCCCAAAAGCCGGAGAAUACAGUUGUGACCUGACAUGCAAAUCGGCUAUCAAUAGGCAAUUCAAGGUCUCCUGUAAAGCCAUAGGGGUCCACCCUCCUCUUGAACUGUCUCAUUCCUUUGUCCAGUUUCCAGGAACAGCCUUAAAUGAUAUCUCCAUUGCCACCUUGUAUGUCGUCAAUUCCCACGUUAGUUGCAAUGAAUUCACUCAUCCUGUACCAAGGAUUGGCAAAGGAGAGAUUGCACCUGUUGGACCUACAUCAUUUCAGUUUAUGGUACCUGAGGAUUCGGCCAUCGCAGUAUCACCAGCGGUUGGCUCUGUUUUACCUGGCAAGCGGUGCCUAAUCCAGGUUUCCUUUAAACCAACCCUUCACGAUAAGGAAAUCAGGGAGGAAGCAAUGAGGAUGCUUCAACUGGCAGUGGAGACCAGAUCACUACUUGAUAAACAAGCUCCUGUGGCUGUGGAAAGUGAAGACCUGUGCAAGAAAGAGAAGAGAAAAGCAUCUUCAAAGAAGGACAAGCAAAAACAGCUUGCAUCUCCUAAACCAGUUCAAAAAUCUCCCAAACCGGCAGACAAUCCUACCCCAGAGCUCCCCAAGAUAGAAGAUAUAAAAGAAGAUUCUGAUGAAUACACAGCUGCAAGACUGUCCAUCUACAAAAGGUUUAUGGGCAAGUUUGACAAAUAUGUUAUACCUUGCUGCGUUGCCAGCUGUGACAUCAGUAAACAGAAAGGAAAUGAAAGCCCUAACUUCAGUCUGCAUAAUACCCUGUACCUCGAUCUGCUCUGCCCUGCCAUUGCACCUCCUCUGAUUGUCACUUCCGAAAAUGGACGCCAUCUCAUCAAUUUUGGAGCAGCUGCAAUAGGUCAAAAGUCAGUAAAGACAAUUUCAUUACAGAACAUUUCAGCUGAGUCCUUGGAACCCCGUUUCUCAAUUUUGAACCCCUGUGGUCCUUUCGCAUUGCUCAAUCCCAUUGGUAUUGUGGAGCCUGGAGCAAGCUGUCAUCUGUUUAUUGCCUUUGAACCUGAGGAGAGUAAAACUUUCUUUGAAAAUCUGGAAGUUCGCACUCGGCAAGCAACGGUGUCAUUGAGUAUUAAAGGGCAAGGACUGGCGCCUUCUCUGACAUGCACGGUGGAUGGAGGAGUAUUAAACAUGGGCUAUGUCUUGGCUAAAGACCACACCACAGUAUCAUUUAAGUUACAUAACACAUCAACAAUUCCAGUGAAUUAUACUAUUAAACAGGGAAGUCUGUCUGUAACUCGAUACGAGGAGCUUCAAAAACUUCCAAAUUUUAUUCAUUCGGAAAAACCAGCACCCAACUUUGUUGGACCUCAGAAUUACAAUGGACAAAGUGUUUUCAGCGCAUCGCCUGUAGAGGGAACCAUUCAGCCAAACAAAACUGAAGACAUUUCAGUUUCUUUCUCUCCAGACCAUGAGAGUGUGCAUUUCUCUGACAUCCUCAUGGUGGAGCUCUUCUGCAAGCACAUAGCUCAUUCCAUCCAGCUGAAAGGUGCCUCCAGGAAUCACAUCAUGUAUAUCGAAGGAGGAGAUCCAGUGGUUGUCCCUAUCGAGUCACUCUGCACUUUCCCAGCGAAAGAAGGAGAUGCAGAUGAACCAGCAAAUACACUUCUCGUGACCCUGCAGUGUGCCCAGACGGAGGAGGAACUGAGGCCCGCUGUCAGGGAGCUGCACGUCGGCUGCAUACGCACAUUGUUAUCGUCGGCUAAAAAGAAUGUGGAAUUCUCAUGGGACAACGUGCCGCUACUGCAACAGAAAGGAUUCACCAUUGAGCCAGGGAAAGCCUUAGUGGAUGCUGGUCAGAAGAAACCCAUAUCUAUUACUUGGAUCCCACCUGCUGGAUAUGAUCCAGACAAACCUGAAACCACCACAGCAAAACUGACGUUGAAAGGUGAUAUUACGGAAACAUACCAGAUUAUCUUCUGCACACAAGUCGUGUCAUUAUAAGGUGUCCUCUGAGUAAGAAAACAACAGUGCAAAGUCACAAUGAUCUGUU